AUGUCAGUGUCGAGCAGCCCGGAUGCAGUACCUGGUGAAGAAUAUGAGUAUGAAGCUCUACCACCAAACUACGGUCUCGGACACAAUAUGUUGGCCGGCGCGUUCGCAGGCAUUGCUGAACAUACAGUCAUGUAUCCGGUGGACUUGAUGAAGACACGGAUGCAAAUCAUAAACCCUGCAGCCGGCGGCCUGUAUACGGGGCUUUCACAUGCAGUCUCUACGAUAUAUCGAAUAGAAGGCCUGCGGACGCUAUGGAGAGGAGUGACCAGUGUCAUUGUUGGUGCAGGCCCUGCUCAUGCCGUAUAUUUUGGCACCUACGAAGUGGUGAAAGAAUUUGCAGGUGGGAACAAAGCAGAUGGCAAACAUCAUCCUCUCGCUGCUGCUGCGAGCGGAGCGUGCGCAACCAUUGCGAGUGACGCUUUGAUGAAUCCUUUUGAUGUCAUAAAACAACGGAUGCAGGUACAUGGAUCGACCUACCGGUCGAUAUCGCAAUGCGCCCGUUCCGUCUGGCGCGCUGAGGGUCUUUCUGCGUUCUACGUAUCCUACCCUACGACACUAUGUAUGACAGUUCCCUUCACGGCUACGCAAUUCAUGGCCUACGAAUCUCUCUCCAAAGUCAUGAAUCCCCGGAAAGAGUAUGAUCCGAUUACACAUUGCGUGGCUGGUGGCUUGGCCGGAGCCUUUGCGGCCGGCAUUACCACUCCGCUGGAUGUGAUCAAGACUUUGCUCCAGACGAGAGGAUUGAGUCAACAAGCCGAGAUACGCAAUGUACGAGGAUUAGUCCACGCUGCGUCCAUUAUCAAGAAAGAGUUCGGCUGGAGGGGAUUUAUGAGAGGUUGGCGGCCUCGAAUUAUCACCACCAUGCCAAGCACCGCCAUCUGCUGGUCGUCAUAUGAAAUGGCAAAGGCUUACUUCAAGAGGACGCUUCGGGAAGAACAGACAUCUCAUACCAAUAAGUUAUGA